AUGUCGGAUAUAUAUAAUAAUAAUUUUUUGUUAUAUCUUCUAAAUGAAGAAGCGUCUGAUGAUCUAGUGAUGCUUCGUGCGAGACGCAAAAGAAACCCAGUACGUCCAUUCUACAGGUGCCGUCCCACCGAGGGAGCGUACACAAUAUUAAUAAAAAACCAGCUGUCAAGCGACGAUUAUUUAUUUCGCCAAUAUUGCCGUCUAAAUAAACAGCAAUUUAACUUUGUGUUAGGCCAAAUAAUUGACGAAAUUCAACCAAAAUACCAGAGAGCAAUCAAUGCCGAGGAAAAAUUAUUUUUAACGUUAAGAUUUUUGGCUUCAGGAGAAACAUUCAGGUCAUUGUCACUGGCAUAUCGGAUAUCAGAAUCCUACAUAGCGCGUAUAGUAAAACAUGUGCUGAACGUCAUGAGACAAAAACUAGUUCCACUUUUAAUGAAGCCUCCUUCACCCAACGAUUUCAAAAGGAUUGAACAAGAGUUUUGGCACAGGUGGAACGUACCUAAUUGCGCUGGAGGAAUAGACGGAAAGCACUGUCGAAUUAGAGCCCCUAAAAACUCUGGAUCGUUAUUUUUUAAUUAUAAAAAUUACUACUCGAUUGUGCUGCUGGCUAUUGUUGACGCAAAUUGCAAGUUUGUAGCAGUUGAUGUUGGGGCAUACGGAAAGGAAUCGGAUAAUGGCAUAUUCCAAAAAUCAUCAAUGGGGAAAAAAAUAAUGACCAGUACGUUCGGUAUACCCCCACCGAAAUCCCAAUUGGCGCAGUUUCCUGGCAAGAUACUAUUGACCAAAUAUAACGGACAAAAUUAUUAUUACCUCACGGACCUGAGUACUCCCGAGAGUCGCUCAGGGUCUACGACUCCGGCGUGUCUUCGUCGGUCGUAG